UGAUGGAAGUGAAAGAGGAGAGUCAAGCUGAAGUGGAUGAGAAACAUCAGAUUGUAAAAAUAAUCCAUAAUGUUUCACAGAAAGAAACUCUGAAGACAGAAGACAUAAAGUGUGAAAAUAGUUUCAGUGAAGAUGAACACCCUGCAGAUCACAAGAGGACUCACAGUGAGGAGAAACCUUUCACAUGUCAACAGUGUGGAAAGAUUUUCAGAAGAAAAGAUAACCUUAAAGAACACACGAGGAUUCACACUGGAGAGAAACCUUACAAUUGUCAUCUGUGUGAAAAGAGUUUCAGAGAUAAACGUGGACUUAAGACUCACAUAAGAAGUCACACUGGAGAAAAACCUUACACUUGUCAUCUGUGUGGAAAGAGUUUCACCUUUCAAUCGAACCUUAACCGGCACAAGAAAACUCACAGUGGGGAAAAGCCACAAGCGUGCCUUCACUGUGACAAGAGUUUCCCAGAUAGAAGUCAACUUAAGGAACACAUGAAAACUCACACUGGAGAGAAACCUUACAAUUGUCAUCUGUGUGAAAAGAGUUACAGAGAUAAACGUGGACUUAAGACUCACAUAAGAAGUCACACUGGAGAAAAACCUUACACUUGUCAUCUGUGUGGAAAGAGUUUCGGAACAAAACCUUCCCUUAAACAACACAUGAGGAUUCACACAGGAGAGAAACCACAUGUGUGCCAUCCGUGUGGAAAAAGUUUUAUAACUGCAGCUGCACUUAAGAAACACACGAUGACUCACACUGGAGAGAAACCUUACACAUGUCAACAGUGUGGAAAGAGUUUCGGAAGAAAAGUUAACCUUAAAGCACACAUGAUGAUUCACACUGGAGAGAAACGACACGUGUGCCAUCAGUGUGGAAAGAGUUUUAUAACUGCAGGUAACCUUAAGGUACACGCGAGGAUUCACACUGGAGAAAAACCUUACACUUGUCAUCUGUGUCGAAAGAGUUUCUCUAUUGAAAGUAACUUUAAGGUACACGUGAGGAUUCACACAGGAGAGAAACCAUUUGUGUGCCAAGAGUGUGGAAAGAAUUUUAAAAGUGCAACUGAACUUAUGAUACACAUGAGGUCUCACACUGGAGAGAAACCUUACACUUGUCAUCAAUGUGGAAAGAGUUUCUCUGCUGAAAGUUACCUUAAAAUACAUGCAAGAAUUCACACUGGAGAGAAACCGUUCUCUUGCCAUGUGUGUGAAAAAUUUUUCAUAAGCCAAAGUAACCUGAUAAUACACAUGAAAGUUCACAAAGCAGAGAAACUUCACACGUGUCUUCAGUGUGGAAAGUGUUUCAGUAUGAAGCGUCACCUUAAGAAACACAUGAUAACUCACAGUGAAAAGAAACCUCACGCAUGUUCUCAGUGUGAAAAGAGUUUCGUAGAUAAACGUGAACUUGAGACUCACAUGAGAAGACACACUGGAGAGAAACCUUACAUAUGUCUUCAGUGUGAAAAAAGUUAUAUAAGUGAAAAAACUCUUAAGACACACAUGAAAGUUCACACUGAAGGAAAACCGUUCACUUGUCAACACUGUGAAAGGGGUUUUACAAUGAAAGCUCACCUUAAUGCACAUGUGAGAAUUCACACUGGAGAGAAACCAUUCACUUGUCAACACUGUGGAAAGAGUUUUAGAGUAAAGGGUACUCUUAACACACACAUGAGAAUCCACACUCGAUAGAAACCAUUCAUAUGUCAACAGUGUGGAUAUGACAACAAAGCUUAGAAAUCAGCUGAGGUCUUGUUAAUAAAACUGUCUGGAGGAUCCUUACUAAAAGUCUACAUGCGCACAAAUUCCCAAGAUGUCUGUACUUGUGUUCUUGUGGACUUGUAAAACGUCAUCAGUCACAGCCCAAGUACUGCUCCAAUUCCAACUUUGCAUCGUG